GCCAGGCCCGCCAGGCCCGCCAGCGACACCUGUUAGCGUUACCGCGACACCGCCGUCCAGUGGAUUAACGUGACCGGCAUUACCUGUGGAUUACCCGUCGGCCUGUCGGCAGCCUGUCGGUGCUCGAAGUGCUGCAGGCGCUGGAGGCGGCACCAGCAUGAAAUCGCCGCCCUGGCUGCGGGCACGCCGUCCUCCCCCGCUGUGGUCCUCCUAGUGCAGUGCAGUGUGUGUGCCCAGUGUUGAAGUGCCGCGGCGAGAUGAGGCCGCCGACGUGCCUGGUGCUGUCGCUGCUGUCGCUGUGUAUUGGAUUAACCUCCUGCCAACAAGGCGGGAGGUUUUUCUUCCCGGAGACGCCGCUGCAGCCACAGCCACAGCCGCGGUUCAUCCCGUUCCAGCAGACGGCGGACGACCAGCAGUUCCAGGCAGGCUUCUUCCACCAGCAACCGCCGCCGCCGCCGCAGCCUCCACAGCAGCCCUUCUCGCCCUUCCGCUCCGCGGCGCCCGACUACCAUGGCGACUUCAUCCAGUCGCAGCAGCAGCAGAUCGGGCAGUCGCAGGGCCUGCGCCAACAGCAGCCACAGCAGCAGCAGCAAUCCGAGCUGAGCCCCUUCCAGCGGGUGCCCCAGUUCCAGCAGUUCCAGCAGCAGUUCCCCGCCACGGCGCCGCAGCAGUUCAGCCCCUUCGCCUUCCAGUCGGCGGCGCCGCCGUCGGCCCCCGCCGCGCCGCGCCCCCAGGUGACGCCCGUGCAGUCGCGGCUGCAGCCCAGCCAGUCCGGCGGCCAGCCCAGCGGGCCCACGUCCUUCGUGCAGCCCUUCACGCCCACCACCAUUCGGCCGCCCGCCGGCACGCUGGGCGCGCUGCGGGGCCGCCGACCGACGCCCCUGGCGGAGACGACGGGGCUUGGCGCCACGGGCCCGCAGCGUUUCCUGGACCAGGGACGACCUGAGGGCGACCUCCGACUUCGCCACCUCCGAGCGCCAGCAGCAGGGCCUUGA